UAACAAAGGGCUCUUUUGCACAUAAAGUCACUUUCUGAUCUCCAUCAAUAAUGAAAGAUCAUUUAGAAUAGACCGGAUAGGCCAUCUGCUACAUGCACCUCUCAACUCAUCAGCUGAACUGACAAACACAACAUUUUCCCUCAAAGAUCAUUGUGUACAGACACAUUAUAAAUGUAUGUCAUGAGGGAAAAUUUACACACAGGACACAGAAUUGUUAUAAAUUAACCAGCCCUACUAUGGUGAAGGGUGGGCUCAUGAAUAUUAAUUAGUUUACAUGACUGGACACUCCAACAAAGUUACCAAGCAACGUCAGCAUCGAUUAAUAUGCACGAGGUAAGCCUUCACUGUUGUGUGAGUGAACCGUAGUUCAGUGAACCCUGGGAUACGUCACUGUCACCAUAGUAAUGGACGCCUCGCACGACAACUCUAAAAGCAUCAGUAAUGCAUGUUAGUGUGACCCGAAAUGUUUUUCAUCAACUUUGUAUUGCUUUUUGAACCACUGCAAGCAAAAACAAAAACAAACAAAAAAAUAAUAACUUUUCUUAGAUUAUUUUAGGUUUAAAUGGAGUAUUAACUGAAUGACUGUUUUACUGGCAUGACAGCACAUUAACAUCCCAUAAUGACAUUCCAGUGUUUCAUACCUAACUGAGGUAAAGGUCAAAGGUCACCACACAAGGAGUAGUAAAACGUACCCUCUGUGGCGAUGGAUAAGUUGCAGCAGAAGGCUGUGGAGCAACCUGAGCAGAAGAAAUCCAAGUCGGCUGAAUUUCUGAUGGCAGAAAGAGUCUUGAUGGAGGGUGCUGUGAAUCCUGCGUUCCAGGAGGACUCGGAGGAAGAGAGCGAGAUGAGAAGUGGAGGGCACGAUAACACGCUUGCAGCUCAGCAGUGUGCGGGGCUGCAGGCCGCAGCUACGGCACGAGGAAAUGAAGGUGCCCAAAAUUACUUUGACCCCUCGUCGGCAGCGGAGGGUGACCCAAGGCGGUGCAGGAUGUCUGAGGUCGGAGGCAGAGAUGAGCUGGAAUUAAAAUUUAUGAAUGAAGAUGAGAGAAACCUUUAUGAGAAACUUUCUGAAAUGUUUCAAGAAGAAGAUGCCUCCACUGUCAUAGAUUUACCAGGUAUGGUGAUGUCUGAGAAUGCUGAGUAUGUUGAACCAGCAGCUGAGAAUGGAUGGAGGGAUCGGCGGAGGGAUGAGCUGUUGGAGAGGAGAUCGGAGGUCAUCCCUCAGUACAUGGAGCAGCUUGAAGAGUGUGUUCAGAGAGAGAUGAUCCCAGUGAGCAGACUGACAUUAGAACAGGAAGAGCGUUCAGUGCGAGGGAAGACGGAGGAAAAGGUGUGGGCGAGGAAGCAGAGAGUAAUGUCGCUCUUAAGGGGAAAUUCAAAGAUUAGGCGCAUAGAUGAGGAAGAAGCCGUUCUGCAGGACAGACUCUAUGCUGUGUUCCAGCGGGCAGAGAAUCGCUUGCUGAAUUCUCUGCGUCAACGCCAGGCUGAGGUCAUCAACCAGUAUGGUGAAAUUAUUGAAGAGACAGAAAACACAGAGCCACUGGGCACUGAAUCUGACCUCCACUGGCAGGUGGAAUGGACUCGGACCCCGGAGCCCAUAGAGGUGCUUGUUUUGUGUUUGAGGGCCGUGAGAGAGAAGCUGCCCAGAGGUCUGUACUCACUGAGCGUGUCUCUUCAGACUCGACUGGGCGGCCGCAUGCUGCGCUGGUCCCGUCUGCAGGAGCAGCAGUGGGUUGGAAGAACAGAACCCGUGGAACACCAGGGCCGAUACUUUGACAUAGAGCUCAACAUUAACCAGAGCCUCUACAUGGUCUUGCCUGCAUCAUGUGAUGUGUUGCCGUCCAGUGUGUUAAUGUUCAAGCUGUUAUCUCUGCCUGGAGAUCACAGUCAUGUGAGUUCUGUGGUAGGCUGGGGUGCAUUUCCCGUCUGCGACUGCUCCCUCCAACUCUUCAAUGGCAAGUUCAAGACCCCUCUCUUGCGCGGCAGUCCGAACCCCUCACUUAACCAGUUCCGCAGAAUUGAGCAUCUGCUUUCCACUGACCUGGACAACUGGCUAUGCAACCUCUACUUCCAGGUGAAGAGACUCCCGCGGGGCAGCACCGGGGUGCCGGAGCGCAGCUUCACCCUGCAGAUCCCUUCUCACCCCCAGCUGAGCUCCAGCCAGGGGCUUCAUCCCCAUCCGGACACCUCCACCCGCUCUUCUGCUUCUCUGCCAGGUAAGAGCCCCAGUGGAGCGGUGUCAGCCUCUGAGCCCAGCAACCAGACAAACCGCCCCAUCGCUGAGAAAACCAAGGCCGAAAUUCAUAGCAAGAGCGGCAAGCAGAAGAAGAUAAUCGAGAGAAACAGUGAGGCGCUCAAACCUCUCCCUAAAGAUCAGCAAGACCAAUUCACCUUCUCUGUGAGAUCUAAGCACCACAAUCAGCAAAGGUCUGCCGCUGUGUGCUGUGGAACGGGCGAGAGGACACGUCUGGCUGUGCGUCUCCUCCCGUCACUACUUGGUUUGUCCUGCCAUCCACGUCCUCAUCUGUCUCAGAUCAGUCUGACCAUUCUCCUGUUUGGCGUAAUGUGGUUUCCCCGUCUGUACCUUCAUUACUGCAGCCAGUGGCUCUUCCUGCAGGCUCAACACAUCCCCAUCAACAGAUUUGGGUUGGGUGCACACACGGUGGAUCUGGUCUAUCAGGGUUCGCUGCUGUCUACCCUGGAGGAGGUUCUGCUGGUGCUGCUGGGCCCCCUGACCUUGAAUGCAGCUACGCUACUGCUGCUCCUGAUCAGAUGGGGCUGUCAGCUAGCGUUUGGCUCACCGCCCUCCUUCCUGUCAAAGUUUAUCAUGGCUGCGGCGGUGUGGACAGUGCUGGACCCUCUGGCGGUCUUUGCUGUGGAUGCCGUCCUGGGGCGUCUGUCCUACAGUGCAGAGGAACCGUUAGCAGAUGCUGCUAAGCUGUACUGGCAUUUUUUUCGGACUGAGCAGUCGGGCACAGCAGGCAUCAUCAUCACACUCUUCUUGUACGGUGUCCACUGCAUCCUCUCUUUCACCUUCCUUUAUGUUUACUUUCUCAGACUUCACAAUGAUGGGAGACUAUUAGAUAUCUACCAGCGGCUCCACAGCACUGAGGGAGCAUUCUUCGUUCCACAUGACAUGGAGGUCUCCAACCAGGAGCUCAGUUACAUUGUAAAGAAGGCAGAGCAAUGGAGAGGCUUCAAUGGAGAGAGACACAAGGUGGCGGUGUAUGACUACAUCUGGACGGAGGAAGAGCCUGUGGUAGGAUUGGCACCACCUUCAGGCAUGCCCAAUACCGGAUGUGAGACCAGUACCCAUUUAUCCAUCUACACACUGCACUUGAGCGGCCUGCACCAACAUUACAGACACUUCCUGAGACAACCUGAUGGCGCCAUUAUAGAGGUAAUGCAUGAUUCUGACAGUAAAGAGUUUCAGAGAUCAGAGGUGCAUGAGGAACACGGGAGGAUGAAGAAUGUGACGCAUCUCAGAGAGAGGAAGAGGAGAAAACCUGCCUGGCGAUCACACCGGGUUGAGCCUCUUGGAGGAAGUGCCUAUGACUCAAGCAAUGGAAUAAAAGAGCCCAGCCCAUAACCUUAAGUAGCCACACAAUAAAAAUAAUAAAAUAAAUGUCUUUCAGAACCCAAGGAUCCUUUACGAUACAUUUGAAUAUAUAUAUACACCAGUGUAAAGGGCAAAUGUCUAAAAAUCUACUAAACAGCAGAUUCAAAGUAAUUUUCAAAAGUCAGAGAAAGAGCUCUCGCAGCAUUUAGUUGCAGAUGCUUCUUGGUUUGAUGUUUUAGAGCUUUUAAGUGUGACUUAUGUGUCCAAAUACUUUUUGAUAAAACUGUAUACCUGUAUACACCUAUACUGUAGCAAAAACAUGGUUGCAGAACUCAUAAAGGACUCCAGUCAAACUUGCACUACCAUGGAUUUGAAUGAAAAUUUGAAUGCAGCUUUAAUUACAUUAAUCGAAAGGAACAUAAAAUCAUAUUAUGACUUUGAUGGUUUCUAGUUUUUGGUGUCAGAUCUCCUUGGACAGAAGUAGAAACCAAUACCAGAAUGUCAAAGAAAAGUACAAUACAUAAAUGUAAAGCAGUUCAUCAGUCAGGAAACAAUGUAAAGUAACAGUUCUAUGAAGACGUGAAUGUGGGUCGUUUAGUCUUCACUGCUGCUUCAACACCAUGAAAAAUGACGAUUCUAAAAGUCACUUAUCAAGACACAGUGAUAAAAUAUCAAUAUUGGGGCCACAUUAAGCAGGAUAAUAUUCUGUCUGCCUUGAUUUGUAUUGAGUAUGUGUCUGCUGCCCGGUGCUUGACGUAAUGAACUCGCCCACAAAUCAGGCCUUAAUGGGGCCCUACUUAUAUAUACUGCUUAAUUAAAGGUUGUGGGCUUAUUAACAUGUGUCAGUGGUGGUGGCCGGGCGAGAUUGAAUCUGUUCGUACGGUGCCAGGUUGUAAAGGUUUUAUAGAUAACCUAUCAUUAUUAAACCCCAUUGCUUAAUAUCAGAUCUUAAUAACCUGUCAUUUUCAUUGAUGAUGAUUUUCUUUAUGGGAGGCCAUUAUGGCCCAAAGUUGCGGCUGUUUGGGGAAAAGCUGUUUGGGACUCUCGGCACCUCAGCGCUUAUGACUCUCGUGUGCUCAUUGAUCUUUCUGUCUUUUAUGCGACGAGAGAGCAUCAGUGAGUAGUGACCAGAGGGCUUUUAGCUCAGAACAGCCCAGCUGAGAUGAGCCUUCAUCUGUUUCUCUCUGUGUACAGUUCAAGAGAGCUUCUUCCCUGACCAGCAUCAAAAAAACACAUUCAGCCCAUCAAACGCAUUCAUAUCCAUCAUGCAUUCUUGGAUUUUAUUAGAACUGAUAGUAGAUGGCAUAUGUACAAUAUACUGAACCACAUGUAUGUGUAUAUAUAUUACUACAUGAAAUUAUUUUCAUUUUCAAAAAUGUCAUACCACAAGACUGUUUAGAAUAGUAUUGCAUUCAUAGAUAGGUUCAUCAAAAAUCAAGCAUAGCGUUAGUUCUGGCAGGUCACGUUAGUCAAGCUCGCUUCAGCUAAUUACCCUCCUCCAUCCCCAACUCCUCCUCUGUCAGUCAGGAUCCAGCCUUCUGAUUCUCUUUUGAAUCAGACUAAUUUUAAAAUGUGUACGUAAAAUUACUGAACUUUAACAUAUCUGCAAUACUUUUGUUGGUUCUGUUCUGUUUACCCUGGGGGGUUAUCGCUGCUCUCCCUGCUCUCAUCCAUGCUAGGCUGCAUGGAUGUGCAGGGAGUUCUUGCCCAGAACAGAACCAUACCGCCAAUCCAAACUGUAUGCUAAUUGUCAAUGAUCUUUGACGAUAGUGGUCCUGACAGAAAUCAGAUUUAACUAAAGCUAAAUAUACAAAUGCACUCAAGGCAUGUAGUUUAGUUGCUAUUCAAGUGUUCAUAAUUUUUUUAUAAUUAUAAUAAUAAAUCAGACUUAAUAUUUUAAAUCGGUAGCCUUAAUAAAAACAAAAACCUUGUAUGGAUCGCAUACUACAUUAAGCACAACAAUUACACAGUUAUACACAACUGUGUAUAAUAAUAAUAGUUUCCAAAUCAGUAUAUUCUCAGUAUAUUCUUAUAAUCUGGCAUCACAGGAAUGAAUGAAUGAAUUACAAUGUUAUUUGUGACUGUAUUUUUGAUCAA